CCUUGUCGUGCGAGCUGUGGAAGGGGGCAGCGACGCCUAAGCCAUCGCCAUGGAUUUUGUCAUGAAGCAAGCCCUGGGAGGGGCUACCAAAGACAUGGGAAAAAUGCUAGGUGGGGAUGAGGAGAAAGAUCCAGAUGCUGCCAAGAAAGAAGAGGAAAGGCAAGAAGCCCUCAGGCAAGAAGAAGAGGAAAGAAAAGCCAAAUAUGCCAAAAUGGAAGCUGAAAGAGAAGUUAUGAGACAAGGAAUUCGAGACAAGGGUCCUUCACCUGAGCUCACUGCUUCAUUGACUUCGACUCCCUGCGCUGGCCAGCAAAACCCACACACAUUGCUGGCACAGGACUGGAUGGGUUCAUCUGCUCAGGGCUGGCUGCAAAAUAAACAUUGUCUGAGUCAAAAGCAGGUGCUAGGAGUGAAAACUUGUGUGAUGAGGCGUUUGAUGUUGCUCAUUGUGGUGGUAACAUUCAUAGUCAUCCUGUUGCUGAUGGGCCAAAUCCACCCGAUGAAAGGCUCCCCUCGCUUUUCAUGUAGCACAACCCUUUCUUCACACAAGAGGAGGGAUAUUCCAGUCCUGCUUCUGGAGCAAGCAUCAUCCAGGCGAUCAGAGGGCUUGCAGAAACAGGAUGCAAUCAUGCUAGAAAGCCCUGAGGCAUAG